CGCUGGGUAACACCGAGUAGGACAAGUGUUUAAAAAGGUGCGCUACAUGUCCUUCUAACAGAGUGAAUAUCCGGCAGUAGAUACAUGACCGCAUUUCAGCAGGAACUUGUUGAUAUUUUCCUGAGAGAACCCUCGUUCUCUCAUAUGAACAAGUGAGAUACAAGUACCAGAAACUCUGUUUUCCAGUAGAGUCCCUACUGUUUUUUCAGGAACUGAUGCCUAUACAUCUCUCACUCAGUGGGCGGAAUAUUACCAACUGCAUAAUCUUUUAUCUCUCCCAGCUUACACCCGUCGCGAUAAUCACAUUACGAAGCAAGCAUAAGUACCUCUAGAGGUCACGUCUAUAAAAAGGCAGCUUCACGUAAAUGGGAAACAAUGAUGACGCUUAUUGAUGUAACAAUAUUUGAUAACUAUUCACACGUCACCUUUUAAGUAUGGCAAUGAUGUAUUUUCAUCGUGGAAUAAUGGCAAGUGUUUUACUUGCAAGUAUCUGCCACAUACCUCAGAGCAUUAUUGCUCAGAUUAACGGGACCGAAUAUUACCGGCCGAAUACAGUGAAAUUCCAAAGUGAUGAAGACCCGUUGUUCCCCGGCAUGUACCCUCUGAAUUUACUUCAAACUAUCCCGUUGUUUUAUGGCACGAGGGUAGGUGUGCACUUCCGGAGAUUUGACUUGGAGAACUCUCCUGGUUGUGACAAUGACUAUGUUGUGGUCGUUGAACGACGGUUCAUUGAAAUUGGUACAAGGAAUACCAUUUUAUGGGGGCCGGUCUGUGGUCACCAGAGUACUGCCCAGUCCAGUUUCCUCAACGUUCAAUUGAUAUUUGAAAAAGAAAAUACGCACAGCGAGAUAUUUAUGGUAUUUUCAACCAAUAAAGAAGUGAGAGCACUCGGAUUUUCGGGCAACAUCUAUCCCGAAGCCCCGAGGGACAUACCCUUCGACCGUGUGGACUCGUGUACUCACACCGUAACUUCGGAAUGGGAUGGAUGGUUGAGAGUUAACCAUGAUCCAUUUGCUAAAGCUCACAAGUCUUGUAAUUUUCGUGUCACUGUUCCAGUGGAUCGCGUGCUUCAGUUCAGAGUUAUCCCUGCAAAUUUGUCGUCCUGUGGCCGGUUCGAUUUUUAUGACGUCACUGGUUACGGCGAAAAAUGGCUGAGUACCCAUUACCUGAACAGCACCGCUGCUGAUGACGUUUUAAGUAGGGGGUACGACCAAGUAUCGGUGCACUGGACGCCAUGCGGAUCCUCUUUGCUGGGGGAUGUUUUUGUAAACUACACUGCAGUCCCAAGACAAAUUGUCGAACGUGUACACUGCACGAACGGAUACGUUCUUUUUGAAGGAAACUGUUACAAAUUUUCCACCUUCACGCGGGGUCUUUCUUGGGAGCAAGCUGAAAGCAAAUGUGGUCUUGAAAAUGGUCACUUAGUCAGCAUACAGAGCAGGGGAGAAAUGCGUUUCCUGAACAGAAUCAUCAACAAUCACCAAAAGAGGUACUUCGGGACAAUGUGUGACAGUUACUACCAAAGAGGUGGCAUCUUCAUAGGCUUAAAGUCGCAAGAGAAGACAUUCCUGUUUAACUGGACGGACGGAAGUCCCUAUGUGUAUUCAGAGUGGUAUGGGCCCACGAUAUACGGCUAUGAUCAGUACGGCGUCCCAGAUUCCUUAAAGGCGGUCUUUAAAGAAGACGUUCUCCAGCCGGUAGCACAAGAAACGUUACAGUGCUCAGUAAUGAUGGCUUUUAGUCCUUUGUCCAAUGGCUCCCCGCAUGGAAAAAGUCGCUGGGCAAAUUGGAUUAAAGUCCCAUGCCACCGACCGUUCUGUUGCAUGAGCUCAGUUUGCAAAAAACCUGCCACUUCUGCUACAGCUCAUUUUAGGGAUGAAAAUGUAUCCGCGGACGUCUUCAACGCUGACGCUAAAGUGAAGGUACUCUCACCGGCACAUGAACUAUACUGUCCCGAUAAAUGGGUAUAUAUUGAAGGUCGUUGCUUGUUCUUAUACACUCUCAGCACUUUUGGGAUAAGGCCAGUCGCUUCCUCCGAAAGAGAAUACCAGGUCUGCUCUGACUCCAGGGAGUGGUUUUUGACUCCAAAUAUGAGUAUGACAUAUGAUGCUGCUGCAGCAAAAUGUGCAUCAAUUAAAGGGCAUGUUGCGUCUCUUUCGACUGAUGCCUCGCUCGAAGUCACAAAAAUACAGGAAUAUAUUUCGCUGUGGGGAAAGGAACAGCAUUGGCUGCAUCAUGAUGCUUUAUUGAUGGAUUUUACAAUAAACAGCGGAGGACCACUACAGAUAUGGUUUUCCGACUUUAUGCAACCGUGGAUUAGAACUCAGCGCGGAACUUGUGCGCAGGGUUUAGGACCAAUGCCCACUUUAGAACAAGAAGUAUCACACUGCCUCAAUGACAGUAGCACCACGCGAUCAAUGUAUGUCCUCUGCGAGACGCAGCCUCUAAGGGAAACUAGCGGCUGCUUGAAACACCAGUUCCAGUGUAAUGAUGGGGUGUGUAUCUCCAUUGUGCACCUGUGUGACGGCGAACCUGACUGCCUGGCCGGCGAGGACGAGGCCAACUGCGCAUGCGACUUUGGAAGUUUUUCCUGUGCUGACAACUCUUGUAUUUCUACAAGUAAAGUCUGCGAUCACAGACCCGACUGUGUCGACGGUAGCGACGAGUCAUUUUGCAUUCACCCGCCAUGUAGAAGUGACAGCUUCCGGUGCAAGAACGGCCAGUGUAUUAAGCAGGAGAGCGUGUGUGAUCUAACGGCCGACUGCAUCGACGGGUCCGAUGAAAGCCCAGAAAACACGUGUUCUUGUGAAAAAGGAUUUCAGUGUUAUACCAGCGAAUGCAUCAGAGCGCAGGCAGCUGAUGACCGCUUUCCAGACUGCCCAGGAAUUUCUCAAGAGGACGAGAUACAAGACAGUGUCUGUGGAAUAUCUAUUGGGUAUGAAAUCAUUGAACAGUUAUAUUGUCAAAAAGCAAAUGAUAUUCGAUGUACCUCAGGGCAUGGACAUUGCUUUCCACGCCAUCUGGCUUGCAUACACGAUAAGGAAUCGUAUAAGGCACUGAACGUAUGUAGAGGAUUUGAACAUCUCCAAAACUGCGAGACGUAUCAAUGUCCAAGUAUGUUUAAAUGCCCCGUGUCAUAUUGUAUACCGCUACGUCAGGUAUGUGAUGGACAGGAAGACUGUCCCAGAGGAGAAGACGAGGCGGACAUUCUGUGUUCCAAUUACACUUGUCCAGGGAGGUUUCGUUGCAAGGGAGAGAAACAGUGUCUUCAUCAAAGAGAUGUGUGCAAUGGUGUUGUGGAUUGUAUUCUUUCUGAUGAUGACGAAAAACUGUGUGAAAUUACCGAGUGCCCGAAUAAUUGCACGUGUAGAGGCUACCUAACGGAUUGCCCCGGUGCCGGUUUCAUGACAUUACCUUUACUACCCAAUAAUAUACGUUCGUUUGCAUUUGGAAACAAUCAGUUAACAUUGACCAACACCACCUUCAGUGGGUAUUUAAUGUUGAUUAAAUUAAACAUAAGCUCAAACAGCUUGAAACUUAUCCCAGUUUAUGCAUUCCAACAUCUAAAUAAUCUGAUUGAGUUAGAUAUUUCUGAUAAUGGAAUAGAACUGUUAAGUGAUAGAACGUUUGCUGGGCUCCGCAAUUUAAAGUACCUGCAUUUGAAGAGGAACCCUCUUGCCAAAAUUGAAGUGGGCGCAUUCAGCGAAUUGAAUCAAGUUCAACUGCUUGAUCUUAGUUUCCUUACAAUCCGUACGAUAUACAGCGGCACGUUCAAAGGGAUGGACGCAAUCACUUCUCUUAACAUCAGUUUCAACAAACUUUCAGCGGUACAGGAUGGAGCUUUUAAAGGUUUGCCAAAACUUAACCUCUUGGAUAUUUCUGGGAAUGAAGGCGUAGUGGUAGACACUAAUGCUUUUGAAUCUUUCAGCGCACAGUUACUGAAGUCGGACAACUUUGGAAUAUGCUGCUUGGCAAGAAACAAAAUUGAUAACUGUUUACCAAAAGUCGAUGAAUUUUCUAGUUGUUACGACUUGCUUAAAAACAGCUUUCUUCAAGUAGCAGUAUGGGUUGUUGGAAUAACGGCUCUUUUUGGAAAUAUGGGUGUUUUAAUAUAUAGUAUCCAUGUCAUGUAUAAAGGGAGCUUAACCACAACGGGUCUGUAUGUCACCAACCUCGCCACUGCAAAUUUACUGAUGGGCAUUUAUAUGAUAACGAUUGGCUCCAUGGACGCCACAUUCCGCGGACGUUUUGCUGCAUUCUCUGCUGUAUGGACUUCAAGCGCUACUUGUCAAUUUGCUGGCUGUUUGUCAUUACUGGCCAGUCAAAUGGCUGUGACAGUCCUGGCUUUAAUUGCGACUGACAGACUGAUAGCUAUUGCAUUCAGUGAAAAGGUUCCGAAUAUGUCUCCAAAGGUUGCCGUUGCUUUGCUUCUCGGCAGCUGGUUGUUUUGGCUCAUUCUUGGCGUCAUUCCGACCACUGGAAUUGAUUUCUUUAAAUACUUCUACGGUCACAAUUCCGUAUGCUUACCUUUCACGCUGAGUAAAGCUGACUUUGGAGGCAGGGCAUACUCCAAUGCUAUAUAUGUGGUUUUCAACCUGAUUGCCUUCGUGUACAUAUGUAUCGCUUUUAUUGUCAGAAUGAGGUUUGCAUUUAAGCCACAAACACACGAGGAUAGAAGUCAAAACGACAAAAUUUCUUUUAAAGGACUUUCCUUAAUUAUGAUAAGUGACUUAUUUUGCUGGGGUCCUGCAACUAUAUUGGGCCUAGUUAACGUGGCUGGCGGCUCUAUUGCCCCUGAUGUAUCUGAAUGGGUGGCUGUCCUUAUCCUGACUAUCAACUCUGCUCUUAAUCCCUUGCUUUUUGUGAUCGCUAAUAGAAAGGUUUGCAGAAAGACGAAAAAGAAACCAACUUAACAACAACCCUCAAAAGUUAUUUAAAUUUUGAAACGACCACAAAACGUGUAUGUAUUAUUUACAAAGUUGUACAGGUUGUUUAGGUGAACCCUUUCAUCACGACCAAAGCCUUUUUAAAGUUUAUCAUCUGCAUUUUUAUGUGUAGUAAAAUGGAGGGAUGGCAAUUAGAUGAUUCUAUUUCAGUGAGGGUUUCCGUCUUUGAUUCACAUUAAUUGUCAGCAUCUUGUCACUUGUGGAAAAACAAACGCAAUUUUCGCUCAGAGAAUGAUUUAUUCAAACGAGCUAGAAGAGUUUCAAGAUUGGCAAAUACUUAGGAGUGACCUAGCCUGCACCUGUGCCGCGUAUAGGGCCCACAAAUUCUACAUAUCUUUUGUUUUUGUAUAAUAAGCAUAGAUCCUACGUUUAAGUCCUAGGUAGAGAGGACCCGAAUUUAAUUUAAAUGUCAUUUUUUCGUAAUUCUAGUUCAAAUAUUACAAUAAAAUUAUAUUGAACCGCCAGGUGCUGUUUGUCUAUUAUUGUGUCCGUCUGUUCAAAGAAAUUGAAAUGAUAACUUAACUUCGCCUUCACCGCGAGUUAGAUUAAAUUAUCUAUGUUUUCACAUUCUUAUUUUGUCUACUCUGU